CAAACCAAUCUGUUCCUUCAAGAAUUCCAAAUUGAUUACAAGUAGUGAAAAAAUGGGUUCUCGGAUGCUCGCAUUUCUUGCCAUUUUGGCCCUUUGCUCUCAAGCUUUAGCCUCAGAUCCAAGUCCCUUGCAAGACUUUUGUGUUGCCAUCAACGACACUGAAUCUCCUGUGUUUGUGAAUGGGAAGUUCUGUAAGAAUCCCAACUACACAACAGCAGAUGAUUUCUUCUUUUCCGGCCUUGACAAGCCUGGAAAUACAUCCAACCCUGUUGGAUCCAAAGUCACUCCAGUAAAUGUGAUGCAACUACCUGGUCUCAAUACUCUUGGCAUUUCCUUGGUCCGCAUAGACUAUGCUCCCUAUGGUCUCAAUCCGCCCCACACCCACCCGCGAGCCACCGAGGUUCUGGUUGUGUUGGAGGGCAGACUCUACGUUGGCUUCGUCACCUCCAACCCGGACAAUCGCCUCUUUACCAAGGUCCUGAACAAGGGAGAUGUGUUCGUGUUUCCUGAAGGUCUCAUUCACUUCCAGUUCAAUGUGGGGCACACCAAUGCGGUUGCCUUUGCCGGUUUGAGCAGUCAGAACCCUGGUACAAUCACCAUUGCUAAUGCUGUGUUUGGAUCCAAGCCACCCAUCAAAGAUGAUGUUCUUGCAAAGGCAUUCCAAGUUGACAAGAAGGUGAUUGAUUACCUUCAAGCUCAGUUCUGGAUGGACAAUAACUAAAAUAAAACAUUAGGCUACUACUGCUUCUAAUUACUUACUAUAUAUGUAAGCGCAAUUCCUUAUGUAACCAUUCUUAAAU